UGUGUAUUCAUCGAGCAAGUCCAAUCGUGAUUAACUGUGCGAACAUAACUAAGGAAAAUCAAGUGUUGUAUUUUUUAGAUUUUGUUCGCAAUUAAAGCGAAAUUGUUAUACGGAAUAUUGAAAAAAAUCAUUAAUAAUCGGAUGUGAAUCCAUCGCGGUUUAGUUAUUGUGCUUUACAUCAAAGUCAUGCGUUAUUUACGAAGUCGCUGUAACUACUACAAUUGCACACAACAAUGAAAGUCGAUCAAAGUCGACUGAAAAAGGGCACCUCCGAGGUGCCCCCCGAAUGCCAACAAUUAAUUGACAAAUUACGAACCUGUUCAUCAUACGAACUACUGUGCGAACUAUCGAAAAUCGAAACAUGGACAUACGGCAAAUCGGAACUGUAUCACUGGAUCGAUGUGCUAGACAUAUUCGACGGUAUAAUGGAAGAUGCGUGCAAAAUAUGCGACGGCUUGGAUUGGUGUUUGGCGUGCGAUCAACGUUUCAACCGGAACAAGAUCAAUUUGCUGCUGAGCGUUCUCAAUUUCACCACAUUACUCAUCGAACAUUCGUUUUCGCGUCACCUGUACAGUUCCGUUGAUCAUCUAACCACACUGUUAUCAUCGUCAAACAUGGAGAUCGUACUGAGCGUACUGAAUUUGCUCUACAUGUUCUCCAAGCGCAGUAAUUUCAUACCACGGCUAAACAGCAACAAAAGGAAUGCGUUGCUUUCAAGACUGACUUACAUAGCUGAGAGUUGGGGCGGAAAAGAACGCGGCUACGGAUUAGCUGAUUGCUGCAAUGAAAACAUGAAUUUGCCGAAAUCGUCGUCGACAUUCUACUACGAAUACUACGACAGUGAAGGAGUCUUGAAGUGGAUCAAUCCAGAGUUAUUGGUCAAAUACAGUAACCAUAAAGGUCCGGGCGAGAUCGCAUACUUGAUGUGCAGUCGAAUUCAUGUCACCCUGGAUGAACAUCAAAAGAUGCUGAUUUUCACCCGAAUUCGUCUUGCCUUGUCGUUCCACAAGUAUCAUCAACGCUUGCAGUUUGUGCUCGCACGCUUGCAAGCAUUGUCCGUUCUGGUGUACUCCAAUUCGCUGCAGGAGAACGUUCACAAUUUACUCUAUCCCGGAUUCCUAGAGGAACUGGUCGAAUUGCUGGAGAUGAAGCAACCGGAUUUGAUGGAGAUUCGAGCGGCUGCACUGCGUACGCUAACAUCGAUUAUACAUCUAGAUAGGAACCCACACUUCCCGAAAAAACCUGGUACUCGACUCAAUAUGAUCAUUGACGUGACUGGUGCCUCCUCAUAUCAUGGAUUUUUACCGACGCUCGUUCGUACGUGCAUUCAAUAUCUCACCACAGCCGAUGUCGAGGAAUCGAACAGUUUGUUUCCGCUACCAUUGGCAACGGCACUCUUCAGCUUUCUGUAUCAUCUGGCCAGCUAUGAUUCCGGUGGCGAGGCACUGGUUGCUUGCGGUAUGAUGGAAAGCCUUCUGUGCAUCAUUAACUGGCCCGGCAGUGAACUGGAGCACAUAACGUUCGUUACCAGAGCCGUGCGUGUAAUUGAUUUGAUAACCAACAUUGAGAUGCAAUCGUUUCAAAACCAUGGUGGACUGGACAGUUUCAUUCGACGCCUAGACAUGGAAGUGAAUAUUUGUCGCAAAGAGCAACCGUUCGAAAUUAAGCCCCAAUUGGACCGACCGAGUACAUCCGGCGAUGCGGAUGUCGACGAUGCUGACGAGGAAAUGUCAUUUGAAGAGACUGAAGAUCCAGAAGCCACUUCUCAAUCGAGUGGCGCUGGUGGUAAAUCGGUCAAACCGGAAUUGGGCAGUGUAAAUGCGGCCGAUUUGACAAAGACGUGUCUUCCGCAACGGGCCGCUCUGCUAAAAUCGAAAUUGAAUUUUCUAAAAAAGGCGAUUCAAGACUCUGCCUUCUCCGAAAGCAUUCGUCACGUCAUGGAAGGAACAUUACCAUCGUCCCUUCGACACAUCAUCAGCAAUGCUGAGUACUACGGACCAUCGUUAUUUUUGCUGGCUACCGACGUUGUCACAGUGUACGUGUUCCAGGAGCCAAGCCUAUUAUUCUCGCUACAAGAUAAUGGCCUAACCGACGUUGUUCUGCAAGCGCUAUUACGAAAAGACGUACCAGCAACCAGAGAAGUACUCGGCUCACUGCCGAAUGUAUUUAGUGCGUUGUGUCUGAACGCACGUGGUCUGGCUGCCUUUGCCAAAUAUUGCCCAUUCGACAAAUUGUUCCAAGUUCUCCUGUCACCGGUAUAUUUGCCCGCGAUGCGUCGUCGCCGUUCAUCCGAUCCAAUGGGUGACACUGCUUCGAAUUUGGGAAAUGCAAUGGACGAAUUGAUGCGGCAUCAACCGAGUCUGAAAACGGAAGCCACCAAAGCGAUAAUCCGUCUGCUCCAGGAACUGGUGAAACUGGGAACCGAUCCGAAGUACAUCUGCUGGCGUGCCCAAGGCAAAAAUGAAACGUCACCGACGGCAAGCAAUUCUCGAAUGCCGGGGACCGAGUCAGCUGGAAACGAUGGUGGCAGUAGCGAUGAGGAAGAUGAUGACGAAGAGUCCACAUCGUCGCACCACAAUCAACAGCGUGAUGUCAACACGAAACAAGAGUCGAGUGCAAGCAGUGUUGAGGCCAAUGAACGGACACCAAUUCCACUCAUCGACUACAUUUUGAAUGUCAUGAAAUUUGUCGACGCAAUUCUCAGCAAUAAUUCCACCGACGACCAUUGCCGUGAAUUCGUACUGCAGGGUGGACUCAAACCUUUGCUACAAAUAUUGUCUCUACCGAAUUUACCCGUGGACUGUCCAAUUACAGCAUCAGCACAGGCUGUCGCAGCUGUUUGUAAAUCGAUUCUGAAUUUGGCCCACGAACCCCAAGUAUUGCAAGUCGGACUAGAACAGCUUGCUCACAUGGUCGAUCAGUUGCGGCCGCUGCAAUCGCACUGGAACAAAUCGCGUGGAAGUGUUUUGCUCCGUGAAUUGGCCAAUUGUCCGAACAUUGACGGUGCCUUUUCGAAUGCUGCGUACACGCCCCUUUUACAUGGUAUGAGUGCAGUUCACGGAUACGUCGUUAUGCUGGUCCAUGUCUGCCGCACUGGACAGAACGAGAUCCGAAAUUUGUCGAUCCAGAAAUGGGGACAGGACAAUCAGUUUGGCUUGAAAUUACUCUACAAACUGGUGCAACUCUACACGGCCUUGGUGUGGGAGAGCACGUUGUUGUUGGCCUUGUGCACCGACGAUAUAAUACCAGAAGGUUGUGAUUUCGGUCGGGAAGACAUGGACAAGUUGACAAAUGUCAUUUUUGAUGUGUCACCCGAACAUGACAGUGAUAUUGAAGAAAUAAUGGACGAGAACAGCAUGGACAUUGACAAGGAGAUGAGACCGUUCAAUUUGGUUGAGUCCAUGAUACGGAAGAAACGGAUUGUGGCGACGGAAAGUCAAUUGAAAUACAUCAAAUCGCUGCUGGGCGCGUCGUCACGAUUGGGCCGUGCUCUAGCCGAAUUGUUUGGAUUGCUGGUGAAACUCUGUGUAUCAACUCCGCGUCGGCCGCAAAAUGUUCCAACAAAUUACAUGAGUUUGGCGUCCAAGGACAUUGCCCGAGUUUUGAGCUACAUUCUCGUGGAUGGUCUAUCACACGACCAACUACCAUCAUCGCCGAUUUCGAAGCUGAAGCAAACGUUUCUCAUUUGUUCCAUCGGUUUCACCAGUCCGAUGCUGUUCGACGAGAAACGAUACGCGUACCAUCUAAUCUUGCACAAGUUUGUCCAAGAGGGUGGACUGAACGCUUUCUUCGAAAUGUUCAAUUUUGCACUCAAUUCCAAUCUGGACAAACAUUACGAGACAAUUGACGCGUUCCCCGAAGGUACCGGCGAAUUCCUAGACGCUUGGUUGAUGCUGCUGGAGAAAAUGGUCAAUCCGAAGGCGAUACUCGAAUCACCACACGUCAUCACAUUGAAAUCGUCAAGCCGGGCCAAGGAGGAAUUCGAUGCCAUCAACUAUUUGAUAAACGUGCAUCGCAAAGCUUUUCUGGCAGUGACCAAAAUCUGGAAAAUAAAACCCAUUUCCACGUACGGCCAACGAAUGACGGAAUCGAUGUUGACGAUUUUGAAACACAUUUUCAAGGGCGAGAAAACGAUCAGCGCCAAAUAUCUACAAAAACAGACCGCAUCCAAUGUGAACGUUGAGAAACCAUCAUCAAGUACAACUACACCGCCAACAACAGCUACAUUAACACCAUCAAGUAAUGCCGCUGCAACGGAAGCAAUGUCUCCACUUCGAUCAGUGAAUCGCGAUCAUUUACAGCAAUUGAUGGACAUGGGAUUUUCGUACGAAGAUUGCCGUGAAGCUCUGUACUUUAGUACAUCCGUGGAACAGGCUACCGAAUAUUUACUGGCUCAUGCUCAUGCUCCUGGAGAAUUUGCGUCGAAUACAUCAACGCCCAAUACACCGUCAGCUCCGUCAACGUCAGCUGCUAUGAAUUCGUUGUUAAGCAGCUCCUCGAUAAGCCUAGAUUCGGACGAAGAAGAAAUGCUGCAACUCACCACACCUCGAAUCAAUGUCUUCAAGAAAGUUCGCCGAGGCAUGGCCAAAACAGUGGUUCACCUACCAAACGAUCCACCGUUGUGUAGUCGAAUGCUGACACGAUUCAGCGACGAAGCAGUUCAAACGUGUCUCUUCUUAAUCGAUCAAGUACCGGACACUGUGCUCAAAGGAACCGAACUUCUAGUCAUCCUAUUCCGUCGGAAUUCAGUGCAAUGGAGAACAGCAAUGCUAACGGAUAUCGUUAAGACAUUAGUCGAUGGGGCCAGCAAAAUACGUAAAAUGAUCAGAGAAGUCGAGCCGAGUAACAUCAAUAUGGACGAAUUGUUCUACGGUGAAAUGGCCUCGCAAUUCAACGUGCGUCUGCACAUAUUCAGCCUAUUCUUAGAUGGACAAUACACCGACCUACGCAUACCGGCUAUUGUCAUCCUAACCGAAUACAAAUUGGUGCACGAGCUGGUCCAGUUGCUGUUCGAAAUCGAACGAAUCUUAGCUCAAUGUGAUAUAAAGGCUAGUGGAUCGCCGAAAUGGCUCGCACAGAUGAUUCUAUUGAUCGAUCUUUUCGAGAAAGUUGCACUGUACACGCAACGCAAAGCCGAAAUGCACGCAGUCACGUCCCGAGUUUGGAAAUGGUACGAAGUGGCGACGGGCAAAUGGAAUGCCUACACGGUGCAAAACAACAAGAUAAUUAACGAUGCGUACUGGGCCGGUGAAUCGUCGGUACGAUUGAACGUUGGUCGCAAUCGGUACACGAUCAAUUUCAAUUGUAUGUCACAAGUGAACGAGGAAAGUGGCAAUCACCGUCCAGUGAUACUAGCACUGCUGAAAUCGCAGCCAAAGAAAGUGUCCGAUUCACUGUUCACCUUCCCCGGUCCCGAAACUGAUGAAUGUAUCGGAGCGCCUACGGUUCGAUUUGAGCCGGAAAUGGGUGUGGAAAUCGGCGAAAAUGGAGAAAUCGUAAAAUCGGUCAAAGACGCGCAGCCACCGGAUUGGAAUCAUCGCAUUAACGGUUUGGAAGACUUCGAUACCACCGAAGUAGUGUACACGUGCGUUCGACUCAUGUCGCCCAACAAUUUGGUGGACCGUGAUUCGUUACACGCUCUCAUGCGUUUCUGCGUCCGCUUAACAACGAAAUACGAAAAUGCAGAAAUGUUCGCUCGAGCCGGAGGUGUUAAGUUGCUGCUGGAAAUGAAACAGACCUGUGGCUACAUUGGAUUCUCCACAUUGGCCAAUUUGUUGAUUCGUCAUACGUUGGAAGAGCCUCAGACAUUGAAAUCGGCAAUGGAAAAAGUCAUAGCCGCACGUACGGUACAAAACAUACCACCAGGCUACCGCGAACUAGUUUUCAUGUUACGUCGCAUGAGCUCUGCCGUGUCACGGGAUCCAUCGUUAUUCCGUCAAGUAGCUGAAUCAAUGUUACGCAUCGACCGUACAGCGUUCCAUCACAGCGGUCUCAGCGAAGACAACCGACUGAUUAUGAAAUCAAUUGUACCAAACGAUUCGUCACAACAGACGCCUACGAAUGUUGACGAUACCACAUCGAAGCAGGUCAUUCACGAUUUAUUGGAGGCGCUGGUUGUUAUCACGCCAAGUGAGUCAACAACCACGAAUACCAAAGAGGCGCGAUCAAGUCAUCAUCACCAUCAAUCGCAUCAAGAGCAACAUACACAUCAACAUCUUCCUUUCCACUUGACAACUCAAGUAGAGCCGGACAAUCAUUUCCAGCAUCGUCGUCCGUUCGCUGAGGAAGAUGAUAACCAGCAAAAUCUUCAAGUCGCAGCUGGAUCUAGUUCAGAUGCCGCUGCUUCCAGUUCGGUAAACCAACAAAUCAAAGACGGUAAAUGCACAUGGAACAUUACCUGCACCAAAGGCGACAACGACAAACCACUGUUGCCCAAAUCAACUAUUCUGAAAGCACUUGCCGAAGCGGUUCGUUCGUUCCCUGCCGUUGGUGUUAUCAUUGCCGAAUUCAUCUACAAACCGAAUCCGAACACAAUGGUUAAGGUCAACGGACAAACGGCCUUGGCUUUUAUACUCGACAAACUGCUUCCACCUUCCGAUGCGAAUCCAGAUCGUGACUGUAACUCGGCAGCUCGAAUGCUCAUCGCUUCAAUGUCAUCCGCCACCGAUUCUAACCUAACACAGUUUCACGUUGUCAACGAAGUGAAAUUGGCAAUAAAACGUGCCUUGGCCUGGCCAGAAAUUGCCGAAAAACAUCAACAGCUCCAACUGCUCACCGGCUUAAUACCGACAAUGAUCGAAAAUUGUCCACCUGACAAUCCGUCACUGUUGAAAAUCCAUCAGUAUCAGCCACGACGCAACGACAUUUUCCACAUCAUGGUCAACAAGGGAUUGAUCGCAGAUCUGUCGAAAAUCACACAGAGUCUGGAUCUGUCCUCAACGCACACAAUUAGUACGAUCAAUGCAGUUUUGAAGCCUUUGGAAACAUUGUUACGUAUGGCGAAUCAACCGGGUCCAGCAGCUGCGGUUCCCAAAAAGAGUCUUUGUUCCGUCCAUCGAUCUCCGGCCACACUAACUACGGACGCCGAAAAUGUGAGUCCGGUGCUACAUGAAUUUAUGACAGAGCGACAAGGUCAAGAAACGGAAGAAGGUGAACAACAACAAGAUGGAUCGAACGCCGAAGAAACGUUUGCCAGUCGCAGUGGACAGUUACGAAGUGGCUUGGAGGCUCGCAUUCAGGCCAUCGGCAGAAUGGAAGAUCUAUUAGAUCACUUCCUCGAACGGGAACAGACUGAUUCCAGCUUCACUGAGAACGAGCUUAAUGGCAAUUUUGCUAUGAAUGAACCAUUGGAAAUGAGCAGCGAUUCAGACGAUUCGGAUGACUCAAAUGCCACCGAAAUAGAAGAGGGAGAAGUUGAAGUGGAAGAGAACGAAGACGAAGCUGACGAUCGAAGUGAAUUGGACGUAGAUGAAGAGACACGUCAAUUUAUUGAAAUCUACGACAUGCACGGCCGUCGAAUGUCUCCAAGCAUACCGGAAUUGGACCGAGACAACGAAGAUAUUCUUAUGAUUCAAUAUUCGGGCAGCGAAAACGGUGCUGGUGAUGGAAAUGCUAAUCAUGGCGAUGUCACCGGUGAAAAUAGUAGUGGCGAUGCAGAAACGACUGACGAUGGAAUAUCUGGUAUUGCUGCAGCUGCGAAUGAAGUGGUUGCUGCUGCCGUACGAACGUCCAGAGGCAAUGGCGAAGGAAGUAGUGGUGAAAAUUCGAACAAUCCGAAUCGAUUCAUUCUUCAUGCCAAUUUCAUUCAAAAUCGAUCGUCGUCUUCGCGUGGACAAGUCAAUGCAGGAGAUGGAUCGGCUUUUGCAAACGGCGGUGAAGGAAGCUCUAGCAGCAUUGGCAUGGGAAGUUCCACAACUGCUGCAUCUGCUGCCACAUCAAUGGCGACACGGUUACAGGCGAUCACGAGUCAUCGGUCGCAUUUAGGCACCUCCAGCCAAUCUCAACAACCACAAACGCUUGCAAUGAGAGCUCGUCGUACAACUCGUCGUGGUCGAGGCUAUCAUUACAUCAAUUUGAAUACUCGGAGCUCCAAUCCCCCUGUGAUACUACAACGUUUGCUCGGUCCUGGUGCACAAAAUAUUGGUCGUGGCAGCGUAGCCGGAAUCGGAAGUGUUAGUUUAGCAACUGGCAGCAAUGGAAUCAAUUCGAAUUCGAAUGGCAUUAAUCAGGUUAACGCUGGAUCGUCCACGUUUCGCGAUGCCACACGAGUGGUCGUCGUGGACAAUGGCUUCGGAAUAUUCACGAACAAUGAAGAAGGCGGUUCAAUCGAUUUGGUGGACCAAGCUGGAUUUUUAUUCGGUCGCAGUCUGGCAGCUACAUUGAACAAUACCCCAUCGGCGUUACACUGGUGGUUGGAAGAGGCCAAGGUGUUGGGACUGGAAUCGCAGUCUGAUGUGUGCUUAACAGUGUGCAAUAGUUUGAUACCAGACCUGGAAGCUCAACGUUCGCUAGAAUUAUCUCAGAUGCGUAACGGAAAGCGAAAGAAGCGACAAGUUGACCAAAAAUCAAGUCAAGCCAAGAAACACCAUCACGAGGAACAGUUCAGCGCAAAUGAACGGUUAGAGGUUCAACAGGAAGAAAGUGUUCUGUCAAAUUAUGGUGCGGAAGGAACCAAUUUGAAUGCGUCCACUCAGAUUGAAGUGCAUGCAACGGAUUUAGAAGAAGGUGAUGUCGCAGCGAAUCGAGUGCAAGAUGAAGUUGUGGAUAAUGACUCAGAUAGCAUGAGCAGCGGUCAAGCGUCGAUACUUUUAUCGGUUGGCAUAAUUCCGUCGCCACGUCCUGAACAGGAUGCUACAAUGAACGUUGUGCCAGCAGCACGAGACGACUGUGAGAGCGAAACUGAAGUUCGAUCCCAAUCCCAAAUGUCUCAAAGCAGUUCGUUGACAAUGUCAUCCUCACCAAUCAGUCCAAAUGAAGGAACAUCUGAUUCAGUGGCAGACCAACAACCUGAUGCUUCAAACAUUGCUUCGGGUAGCGGUACUUCUACGGAUGCAACAAAAGAUAAGGAGAGUGCCACUUCGGACGACGAUGAGUCGCCUAAAAACAACGAAGCGUCUUUGACUCGAGAUGAACGUCAGGCCAACACAUCAACAAGAAACAUUCAAGAUGGAAAAGUCUGUGAUCCCGAUUCUUCAUCGAAUGCGAGUGAAGAAGAUAAUGCCGUUGUGUCGACGAAAAUCGAUGAUCCGGAAAAUCGUCCGAGCAAAUCCGUGGAUGCAAAUGUUUCCAUUAAUGUUGACGAUUCCGAUGAUGAUUGCUGUGUAGUCGAGACUGGAUCAGCUGCAGUAUCCAAUGCAAGUAAUCAAGGCGGACCAUCGAAUGAGUUAACGAUAUCAACCACAUCGAGUGCUCAAUCUACAGAACCACUUCCUAGACCACCAGGACUUAACGGUCCAGUAAUAUUCGGUCCAUUUGAUGCAACAACACCAUAUUCCAUUCCAUGGCCAAACACACAUCAACCAUUCCAAACGUCUUUGGGACCAUUUGGGCCCUACGGCCCAUAUCCACUACGCGAAGCAACUCCCGCUCGAAAUGCAGAAAGCACAACCACCACAGUGACUGCUGUCUCACAAGGGGUGACAGAUCAAAGUCUACCAUCAACGAAUACAGUCGCCGAUCAGUCACAGAGUCCACCAGUAGAAAGUCGAUUGGUUGCGGAAAGUUUGAGCGAAGCCGUUCCUAUUGACAUUGAAGAAGAAGAUAACGAAGACGAAGACUAUGAGGACGUUGCCGACGAGCAAGAUGAAGACGAGAAUGAAGAGGAAAAUGAUGCCAACGAUGAGGAAGACGAAGACGCUGCAGUUUCCAAUCCACCUACAACCGAAACAACAGCAGCAACAGCAGAUUCAGCUUUCGAUGCUGUUCCGGAAAUUCCAGACGGAGUGGAUCCUUCAUUUUUAGCAGCGCUACCACAAGAAAUGAGGGAAGAGGUUCUUGCUGAACACAUUCGCCAACAACGAGUUCGUCAACGUGCCCAACAAAAUGCAAUAGAAAGCGAACAUGCUUCCGUUUCCGAAGUGAACCCCGAAUUUUUAGCUGCUCUACCGCCAAAUAUCCAAGAAGAAGUUCUGGCUCAACAACGAAUGGAACAGAGACGACAAGCAGCUGCCGCAACUAACCCCGAAGAUCCCGUUGAUCCAGCCGAGUUCUUCCAGAACUUGCAGCCGUCGUUACGUCAACAGAUUUUGGCCGACAUGGAAGAUUCUCAAAUAUCCGUUCUGCCUCCUGAACUAGCAGCUGAGGCACAGAAUCUUCGUCGUGAAUUGGAAAGCCGAACCCGAGCAAACAUGCAACCGCAAAGUCAAAUUGGCAAUGUCCAAAGUUAUCCGUCUGUGUUGCGUUACCGCAGCCGCUUACCGGAGCCAAUAUUCACGUCGCACAAUCUUCAACCGAUGCGAUUCAGUAAUUGGGGCUGUGCAAACAGUUCGGAUAAUGGUCCGUCACUGAUGACUAUGAUGGAGAGACAAGGUCGACGUCUAUUGGAUCACGAAUCGUUGGCGUCGUUGCUGAUAUUGAUGUUCUUGGACGAACAGAAAUUCAAUUCGAAUCGCUUGCAGCGCGUAAUACGGAAUCUGUGCUAUCAUGUACCUACAAGGGACUGGAUUAUCAACGCAUUACUUUCCAUUAUCGAGAGAAGCAACGAAUCUACCGAAAAUCCAACCAGUCAGGACAUUUUACACGUUGCAAGUCGUCCGCUGUGGUUGAACAUUCGCUUAGACGCAGCAUUGGGGGCACGUAACAAUGUGUUCAUCAUAAAACGGGAUCGUGAGACAAUCUCGGACAUGGAUGGUGGCAACUACGAAAUUACCAUUCACGUUCAGGCAGCGCAAAUCAUUUGUCGUCAUGCAUUGGACUUGCUCAUUUUGUUGUCGAAAAGUUUUCCGGUCAAUUUCUUGCCGAGAAAAUCGUCGAAUACUGCGAAAGCGACUGAACAGAUGGAAACGUCGUCCAAGGCUGGACCGUCGUCAUCAACAAACGCAAGUUCCACCUCUCAAGCGGCGGGACCUUCUUCGUCACGGACAGAAACUCUACGAUUGUCUAAGAGGAAGUCGACAGAUUUUUGGAAUAUUCUCAUGCACUUGGAAUCGACGGCGCAACAGAGAAAGUUCAAUCCUGGAAACUGUCCGAAAAUGAGCGAACAGCGCGAAUCUGUCGAGCCUGAAUCAACAUCAUUCAGUGACUCACCGUUCGGUCAAUUGGUGUCCAUGUUGUCCUUUAGCAUCGUUAAAAAGAGCAGCCAACUAACCGAUAAACUAUUAAGACUGCUGUCGUUCAUAUCGGUCGGUCUGCCGGAGAAUAAGGAUUCUUCCAGUACUGAAAAUGCAACAACAAAUUCGAGAGCAGGUGAUUCUGCAAGACAAGCAAGCGAUUCGAAACAGAGCGAAACAUCGCUCCAACAAACUGAGGAACAGAUUUCAGAAUACGACGAAAUCGACGAAAGUAUUCUGCCAGAGUCGGAAACGCAUCUGCGCUUAGCUAUUGAUGUGCUGACAUCGAAAUCAUGUUCGGAGGAAGGUCUCGAAGAUGCCACACUGUUGCUACUAAAUCUCAGUCAGUGUUCCAAUCGAACCAGAACAUUGAUCAUUGAACUACUAAUCAGCGGAGCCACAUAUUUGGCGAAGAUUGUGAAACAACAGAUCAAAGACCUGAUGAACGAUCUGCAACUUCUGAACAGAACAAACAAAGUGCAUGCAGUUGCUCAGACACUAUUGUCCAGUUCGAUUCAAGAGCCCGAUCUGGAUGCAUCCGCCAAAUCUCUGACUGCAAAGGGAAGCUCCGGUCCAUCAACAGCUGCCAAAGGUAUUUUACAGGAUCGUUUUACCAAAGAAACGGUUGUGAUAACAUCACCAAACAAACAAAAGACGACCUGCGAGUUGCAACUUCCGUCAAUGGUGCCGCUGAUCUCAAAGACAUCAAGUCAAUCAUUCUUCCUGCGUACGUUGAAAGUGAUUAUUCAAAUACGUGAGGCCGUUCGUGAGGCAUUGGACAAGGAAAGUGCAACCGUACCAGCUAGUGGAACAACAAAUGCUGGCAAUAAUACCGGCCGGGCUACAUCAUCAACAUCAUCGACUGCGGCAACAGUUGCCAAAGCAACCCAUAGACCAAAAAUUGUGUUAAGUCCUGGGGAACUUUCUUCCUUGAGUGACAUUCUUCAGUUGGACGAACUGUGGGAUACACUCAGUACGUGUCUUAUUGAACUUGAAGCGACGGCUGAUCACCAUGCCGUUUUGAUUUUACAACCGGCUGUUGAGGCAUUCUUCUUGGUACACGCAACACAACAAUCAAAGUCGGCAACAGCAACAACAACCAAUGCGGCUGCCCCAACUUCGGAAGCUCCACCAAUAGUGCCACAACCGUUCUCAUCAGCGAACAGUGAUGCAACACCUUCCACACCAGAGAUUCCGAUUGCUCCGCCAGAAACAUCGAGUGAAUCUGCAGCAGAUCAACCAAUGGUUGUCGCAGAAACGACACAGACAACUCCAUCAACGUCACAACAAGAAGAACCGACUGUCACAUCCGAGAACAAUGAAGCCGACAAUGCAGCCACACUGGAAGCAUGUCAAGCUGCAUUACGAGCUGCGGGUCGUAGUUCAUCUUCGCAAGCAUCAGCUGCUACCUUAACGCCAGACCAAUUGAAAUUCUUGCAAUUCGCUGAGAAGCAUCGAACCGUUUUGAAUCAAAUCUUGCGACAAUCAACCACUCAUCUGUCAGAUGGACCGUUUGCUGUGCUAGUUGAUCAUACGAGAAUAUUGGAUUUCGAUGUGAAACGUCGCUAUUUCCGCACCGAACUGGAUCGAAUGGACGAGGGCAUUCGACGUGAAGAAUUAGCCGUUCAUGUGCAUCGUGUGACCGUGUUUGAGGACUCGUUCCGCGAAAUGUAUCGUCGCAAUUCCGAAGACUGGAAGAACCGAUUCUACAUCGUUUUCGAAGAUGAAGAAGGUCAAGACGCUGGUGGUCUGUUGCGUGAAUGGUAUGUGAUAAUAUCCCGAGAAAUCUUCAAUCCCAUGUACGCAUUGUUCACGGUAUCGCCGGGUGAUCGAGUCACAUACAUGAUCAAUCCAUCUAGUCAUGCCAAUCCGAACCACUUGCUCUACUUCCAAUUUGUGGGUCGAGUGAUCGCCAAGGCAAUUUAUGACAACAAAUUGCUCGAAUCGUACUUCACGCGUUCGUUCUACAAACACAUCUUGGGAAUCGAAGUGAACACACAGGACAUGGAGAGCGAAGACUACGAAUUCUACAAAGGUCUCGUCUUUUUGAUGGAAAAUCAUGUGUCGGCGCUGGGAUACGAACAGACAUUCAGCUUGGAAGUACAGGAAUUUGGCGUCACCGAAGUGCGUGAUUUGAUACCGAACGGCCGUAACAUUGUUGUGACGGAGGAGAAUAAGUUCGGCUACAUACAUUUGGUGUGCCAACUGAAGAUGAGCGGAUCCAUCAAGCAACAGUUGAACGCAUUUUUGGAAGGCUUCUACGACAUCAUACCCAAGAGACUUAUUUCGAUAUUUAACGAACAGGAACUUGAGCUGCUGAUCUCCGGUCUGCCGAAUGUAGAUAUUGAAGAUCUAAAGGCCAACACCGAGUACCACAAAUAUCAAGCCAAUUCAAUCCAGAUCCAAUGGUUCUGGCGUGCUCUACGGAGUUUCGAUCAGGCUGAUCGCGCCAAAUUUUUGCAGUUCGUGACCGGUACGUCAAAAGUGCCGUUACAGGGAUUCGGUGCAUUGGAAGGUAUGAAUGGCACGCAGAAAUUCCAGAUUCAUCGUGAUGAUCGUUCAACGGAACGGUUACCAUCGGCGCAUACUUGCUUUAAUCAAUUGGAUCUCCCCGUAUACAAGACAUAUGACAAGCUACGAUCCAGUCUGCUGAAAGCCAUUCACGAAUGUUCGGAAGGCUUUGGAUUCGCCUAAAAAUUGUAAUUGUGAAAUGAAA